GCAGGUAUGACGUCGCGCAUGCGCGGACGCUCGGCGCAGAGGCCUGGCGGAAGACAAGAUGGCGCGGCAGAGGUGUUCCGCCCGCGGUCUGCGCCUCGUCGGUUUCUGAGCCGAGUUUUUCUGGAAGGGACGGCGGCAGGCGCCGUCUGUGCGCGAUGGCCCGGCAUCGGAACGUCCGGGGAUAUAACUACGAUGAAGAUUUUGAAGAUGAUGAUCUGUAUGGGCAGUCUGUGGAGGAUGACUACUGUAUCUCACCAUCAACAGCCGCUCAGUUCAUUUACUCACGCCGUGACAACCCUGAAGAAGAAUAUGGCUAUGAAGAUCUGAGAGAGUCUUCUAAUUCUCUUUUGAAUCACCAAUUAAGUGAAAUUGACCAAGCUCGCCUGUAUUCAUGCCUUGAUCACAUGAGAGAGGUACUGGGGGACGCUGUGCCUGAUGACAUACUGACUGAGGCAAUUCUGAAACACAAAUUUGAUGUGCAGAAGGCUUUGUCCGUGGUUCUGGAACAAGAUGGUGUGCAGCCUUGGAAGGAGAAGAGUGAGCGAGCAGUGUGUGCAGGACAGCCUUCAAAAGGAGUCUUAUUUUCUUCCUUUGGAGUUUCACCCCAAAAUGUUCACCAUUCUUAUCUUCAAUCAGAAAAUCAUUUGGAUAGCAGUAGCAAACCUUUUGAUUGUUGUAGCUCAAUAGCAGAAUAUGGAUCCCAUAGUUCUUCACUUGAGCCACGUCACUAUUUACUUCAUAGAAAAGAGAAACAUGACAGACCCCAAAGUGAAAAGGAACUAGAAUCAUGUAAGUUAACAAAAGAGCUGGCUCUAGCUCACCUGAUUCAUGAUACGCCAAGAGAUUCUUGUGCACGCCAGCUGUCAGCCAGACUGCCACCCUCAGACAGCGGGCAGAGUGAGCUUCUUAAGAGCCUAGGUGCUGAUGUGGUAAGACCUCCUGCAUCUGCGUGUGCUCCUGAAGAGGAUUUUACUUUCAAAGGGAUACGAGACUUAGAGUCCCUAGUGAGGGAGGACGUAGUAACUAGUGGUUCUUUGGGAAUUCGGAGCAGCUCACUACCUGAUUUUCAAAGUACUCCCGUGCAGAACGUCUCAGCAAGCUUAAGUAAUCCACUGCUGUUAUCUAGCCCAGUGGAAAAUAAUUCCAGUAUAAACACUGAAGUUGAACAAAGUGCCAAGAAUAAUAUUGUAAAAACUAACAGUUUACCAUUUUCCCAGCGUGAAAGUCCAUCCCUAGCUGAGCUGUUUGAGGAACACAGAGGAAGCAGCUCUGGCCAGUGCUUUACUUUGUCUGACCUGUGUAACCAGUCACCUGCCAGCUUGGGUUCCCUUCCCCUGUCACAACUGGCAAACCGCUCGCAGUCUGCUAACGGAGUAUCAGAGUUAACAGGAUCUCUGUCAUCUUUGGCAUUUUGUAAAGCUGCCCCCACGAGAGACCUGGAGAAUUUAUCCCUUUCUGAUUUGAUUGCAAAAACGAUUGAACUAGACAAUUCUCAGAUUAACAGAGAUUCCUUUGAGUUUAGUUUAUCUGAAACUAUGAGGAGCCCUGAAGUUGAUUCAAAUAUUGAUCUUAGUGUCUUGAUAAAAACUCCAGAGUUUGUCCCAAAGCCUGUAGUUGACCCAUCAGUUGCUGUAACACCAGACACUAAAGUUCUGAGUUCAAAGUUAGGGAAACCUUCCAAUUCUACUAAGGAUAGUAUGAAACCCAAAAGAGCCUCCCUUGCUAGGAAAGCUCCUCUGUCUCUGCCGUGGACCAAGGCCCUUGCUGCUAGGCCUUCAGCUUUCGCGUCAACGCUGUGUCUUCGUUACCCACUGAAAAGCUGCAAGAGGCGCACUCUUGAACUCUACAAGACUUUCCUUUAUAGCAGACAAGUUCAAGAUGUAUCGGACAAAGAAAUAAGUCCUCUUGCAGCAAUAACGCCAUUUGACUUCAAAUCAGCAUCUCCUGAUGACGUUGUAAAAGCUAAUCAAAAGAAGGCGUUUACUAGAGAAUAGGGACAGAAGGGAAACUUGGCUACUGUUGUAAGCUUUUUAAUCGCAAUGUAAAGGUUUUGUAGGAUCAUUUUAUAUUAUGGAAUUCUAAUUGUGAUUUUUUAUUAAAAUUGUCUUAAGUCCGUCCAGUAUAACAACUUAAGUCAAGGAUUUUUUUGCACUGAGAAUUUUUUCCUGAUGUCUUGGAGUAAUGACUGGUUUCAUUUAAAUUGCUAGCUCAUAAGAGUGUAUGUUUACAGUGUGCAGAUAGAAACAUGAUAUUGUGACUUGGACCUCAGAUACUUCAUUUGAUAUCCAACUUUCUGAAGUUUUUUUCUAUGAAAUAUUUUUUGUCCUUUUUUUUCUUAAAUGAAAGUGCAACUACUUAGGAUUGUCAUAGUAUGAAGAUUGUUCUCAGGAUAUAGAGCACAGCUGAGACAUGCUUGUACUUUCAGCUAUUAUUUGUAUCAUUCCUGUUUUAUUAUUUUACUUAGGUGACUACUGAAACUUUCCUAUUAGAAAAACUUAAAAUUCUUGACUUUUGCAAGCACUAUGAAAUAUGGUUAAGGUGAUUUUUUUGAUGAUGAAAAUCUUUUAAGGGACCAUGUAUAUAUUGGAAUUGGAUUAAUACAUACAUUAUUUUUAUACAUUAUAUAUUUUUUAGGCUUUAAGGUAUCCUCUUUAAAAUAAACAUAUAGAAUGUAUUUGGAAGUAUGUUUGCAUGUUAUUUAAAUAGUUUUACCAGAUCUCUGACAGUUGCUGUAGAGUGAAUAAUGAGACAUGGAUCCUUUCUUCUUGUUCCUGGUGGCUGUGUGCCCAGCACUCCCCAAGCUCCCCAGCGGCCGAGCCGUGAGAGUGCUGUGCUCAGUAGAAUAAGGACACUUCUACACUGUGGGUCCUCAGCUAGAGUUAGGAGUCACCAGAGAAUAUUUUCUAAACGUAGUUAACUGUUGCUGCUUUUCAGACUGGCUGACUAGGUUUCUGAGGGAGGCCCUUGGGAAUGUAUUUCUAGAUGAUACUUAAUGUAUCAAGUGACACAUAUGUCUGCUUCUCCUGGAGAAUUGUGCAGUAAACAAUUUUGAUGUCAGAUAUAUCAGACCAAGUUAAUUUCUAAUAAUCAGAAAUAUCAAGGACAAGUUACUAAUCAGGGAUAGUUGUCUUUUGCCUAGAAUGAUAAACAAUAGUGUUAAUAUUCCAUGCAUAAUGUUAUUUCUUCGUAAAUAUUGAGUAGCUGCCCACUAAACAUUUUUUUUUCCUGGCAGCUACUUCACUACUUGUGUGUGUGUGUGCGUGCAUAUGUGUGUGUGUGUCUCUGUGUAUGUGUUUAUAUUCAGAUUGAUUUUUCCAGUAGUUUCAGUUGUACAUGAUACUGCCACAUUCAGUAUUUUACUGAGCCACAAUACAAGUCCCACAAUGUGCUUGUAACUAUUAUUUCAUUAUUUCUAAUGUUUAGGAGAUUAUAAAAACCACAGCAUGCAUUUUAGGAUUAGCAUUAAAAUUUGGGUUACCCUUAGCCACUGUCUUUGGUUUUCUACUCUUCUACCUCUAGUGGUUUAGUAGCCCAACUAUUUAGAUGACUUACCAACUAGAUUUAUGUGCAGGUAGUGUCCAGUUUAGAGUUGAAUGUAUUCUGAGAGUUUGUAAUGCGUAGUACUCCUCAUAGAUUAAGCCCUAUGUAAGUGAUUCUCUUUUCACACAAAGUCAAAUAUUCAAAUAUUCAUAUUCAAUUUCCACUUGAUCCAUACUAAAGAGUAUAAUAGUAUUAUUUUACUUUUUAUGAUAGAGUAGUUUUUAAGAAGAGAAACAAUAUGUUGUAAACUGUACUUAGGUGGGCUGUGUGUACUUGUUAGCUGAUUAGGAUUGAAACUACCACUUAGAGUUUUUUUCACGUGCAGAAAAGAUAUAUAUAUAUUACAUUUACAUGAUAUAUAUUUUACAUAUAUAUAAUUUCUUCUAAAAAAUAACUUCCUAGCCUUCCUCUUUCUUUACACUUGGCUCCUAACCUGUCUGGCCUGUGCUUAACAAGGUCUUGCCCUUCUGACUGGGAAUGUCACAGUUUCUGAGACUCAGAGUGAAGCUGAGAGUCUCCCUGCUGUCUGUCCCCCUUGCCAUGGUCCCUGGCACAGAGCAGGGUGUGCUCAUUGGUAAUAGGCAUUGUGACUAUGCUUACAGCUGUGUGUACAGCUGCUGCUGUCUGGGAACACAGGGAUGUUGAAUGUGUUAGGGUUACCUUUGUUUCCUACUUCAAACAUCCACGUUGACACGCAGAGGCAUCUUUGUGCUAUGAUCAGAUGCCUCCAUUUACAUAGGAAUACAGUAAACUACUUCUAAAUGAUGGAAAAGAUGUUCAGAAUGAUGCCUGUUGCUCUUUGUUCUCUUCGAUCUUUAAAGCUCUGUUGUGUUCGUGGGCAUUUUGUCCUUUUCACUGUAAAGUUCGUGGUUCUUGGAAUUGUCUAGAACCACGCAUCCUUUCUGCUCAGGCUCUGGCUGUGCCCGGCCUUUCCUGUUCUGCUCCCCCUGCAUUUUCACCUGUGCGCCCUCUGCUUUGGACCUUCCUUUCUUCUACCCUUCCUCAGAAAUAGCAAUAGCUGUUAGAGUUGAUAUUGCUAUGGGGCUGUCGUGCAUCUGGCUGUCACCCCAGUGAUGACACCACGGAAGGGUUGUGACUAGAAAAGGAAGCACUUCAGAGAAUACAGUGCAGAGAAAAAGAACAUGUUUGUAAAAUGUCUGCUGUCUUCUAGAUUGGCCUCGAACAGCUUGUGUUUGGAUCAUUAUAUAUUGAAAAUGAGUUAUGUAUCAUCAGCUUUCUCUUAUGUUCACAAAUGUAUAUGUGUAUGUGUAUAUACAUGUAUUUGUUUAUAAAAUGAGUGUGUAAGCAAAGAUAAUAUUGGAUAGAAAGGGAAGAAUUAGUAGGGAUUUCUAUGAUAGUUUUUAUAUUUGUACCUAUAACUGCAUAAGACUCUGUAAUUGUGCAACUAAUUUUCAUGCUAUGGAAACUUGUCACAUUUUGAGUGUAUAUAUACAUUUUUAUAAAAGCUACAUUGAAAGAAA